AUGUCCAAGGACGAAGACCUGGCCGGCAAGCCUCCAGCCUCCAUCAACCCCUACGAGGUCCUCGCAGUCGAAGAGAAGGCAACCGCAGACGAGAUCAAAAGCGCAUACAGGAAGAAGGCCCUGAAGCAUCAUCCAGACAAGGCGCCGCAUGAGUCUAGAGACGAGGCAAAGCAGAAAUUUCAGGAAAUCGCAUUCGCCUAUGCCAUUCUUUCCGAUGAGCGCCGGCGCCGUCGAUACGAUCUUACAGGCAACACGUCUGAGACGCUAGAUUUGGAAGACGAUGACUUCAACUGGACAGAAUUCUACCGGGAGCAGUUCUCGGGGGUGGUCGACACUUCGGCGAUUGACAAGAUCAAGAAGGAAUACCAAAACUCCGACGAAGAGCGGGCCGAUCUCCUCGCUGCCUUUGAGCAACACAAAGGUGAUCUUGACCGUGUCUACGAAGUGGUUAUGCUGAGCAAUGUGCUGGAUGACGAUGAGCGGUUCCGGGCCAUUAUUGACAAAGCAAUCGCCGAGGGAGAAGUCAAGGGCUGGCCUAAAUAUACCGAGGAACCGGAAAGUAAACGCCAGAAACGAUUGAAGCAUGCCAAACAGGAGGCUGCCGAAGCCGAGGAAGCGGCCAAAGAGUUGGAAGAAGAAAAGAGGUCCUCGUCCUCGGCCAAAGGGAAAGGCAGGAAGAAGAACAAAGCCACCAAGGAAGACGAUAAUGCAUUGGCGGCUCUGAUUCAACAGCGCCAGAAAUCUCGAGCGGCCAAUUUCUUCGAUGAUCUUGAAGCCAAGUACGCACCCAAGGGCAGGGGUACCAAGCGUUCUGCCGCGGAUGAACCCUCGGAAGAGGCCUUUGCAGCUGUUGGCGCGCGCAAAAAACACAGCAAAGAGAAAGCCAAGCGGUCUAGAGCUUGA